AUGUCUGACGUGUCUCCAAGCCAGUAUAAUGUUGAACGCCAUCGCGCCACAAAAGAAGCAAUGCUGGAAGCACGGAUCAAGCGACAAGCAGCGAGAACGCCAGAAUACCAAGCCCAAGUCGCCAAGGCGGAAGGGCUCGUGUGA